AUGCAGCCGCGACUUCUCCUUAUUCUAGGGUCCAUCACGGCUUGCCUUGCGGUUUGGCCGCAACCUGCCGAGAUCAAGACCGGGAAACGAGUGUUGUGGCUCGAUUCAGCCAUCCAUGCAACUCUUCGCUGCGAGGAGCAAACCAUUGAUCUGUAUGGCACUCCUGGCUCACAGGGAAGUCAGCUGGCGAGUGUGCUUAAUGGCGUUGUCGGAUUCACACAGGGUCUGAUGGAUAAGCUCCAAUUCCCUUUCGUGCAGAGAAACAACAGUGCCGUGCAUGGGUUCUCCGAGAGGUCAAUUGUGCAGAAUAGCGUACGAGAGACGGUUCGAUCAAUCCAGCAGUCCAAGUUCGUCCCCUGGAAGCUUCACAGACGACAUUCGACAUUCGAAUCUGAUCCAGAUGCUCCCCGUCAUUACAUUUCCACAUUACAUAUCCAGCAGACUACUUGUCCGGGAUCAGAGCCUCUACAUCCACAGAGCUAUUUUGGGGGCGAUGAAUCAUAUGUGAUUGAUGUUGACGAUCAAGGAAUCGCCUCUAUCAAGUCGAACUGCAGUAUUGGGACAAUUAGAGCCCUGCAGACUUUUGAACAGCUGUUUUUUGCGCACUCGACAAAAUCGGGCUCGUACACACCAUUUGCGCCUUUGAGCAUAGCUGAUAGGGCGAAAUGGCGUCACCGUGGGUUGAGUAUCGACAUAGCAAGAAAUCCCUUUGACUCAAGAGACCUGAUACGCACAAUCGAUGCAAUGGCAAUGGCUAAGUUGAACAGACUGCACAUCCAUGCGACCGAUUCGCAAAGUUGGCCUCUCGAGAUACCUGCUCUCCCAGACUUGGCGCGGAAAGGGGCGUAUCAACCUCAUCAUGUCUGGAGCGUUGACAGCCUUCGUGACAUCCAGAUGUAUGGUGCUGCUAAAGGCGUUUCGGUGUUCAUUGAGAUUGACAUGCCAGGACAUACGGCUUCUGUGGCGUACGCAUUUCCGGAUUUGAUUACAGCAUUCAAUGAGUUAGAUUGGUCGACAUUUGCUGCAGAACCCUUGAGUGGCCAGCUGAAGCUCAAUUCAUCGGAUGCUCACAAUUUUGUAGCCGCUGUCCUUGACGACCUCUUGCCGCGAACACGACCUUACACUUCCUUGUAUCAUGUUGGUGGCGAUGAGUUGAACCUCGCGGCCUAUCUCCUCGACGAGACUGUUCAGAGCGACGACCCGAAAGUGCUGCAACCAUUGCUUCAGACAUUUAUUGACAACGUCAUCGACGCAUGCGUCCGCCAUGGCCUCCAGCCAAUUGUCUGGGAGGAGAUGCUGCUUGACUGGAACCUGACGCUACCUUCUGCCUUGGACAGCACUUCGUCGAGGCAGACCUUGGUUCAAGUCUGGCGGAACAGCGAGCGAAUCGAAGAAGUGUUGAAACGAGGUCAUCGAGCAAUAUUUGGAGAUUACCAUUACUGGUAUCUUGACUGCGGUUUUGGCGUCUUCCUCGACCCUUACCCAUCGGGCAAGUCACCUCCCGGAGUCCCUUACAACACAUCGGGCGGAUACUCGAGCAGAUUGAAAAAGCCAUACCUUGACUAUUGCAACCCCUAUCACAAUUGGCGGCAGAUGUAUACGUACAAUCCGCUGGCGAACAUCAGUGCCGAUCUCCAAGGAGGCAUCGAGGGAGGGGAAGUAUUAGUGUGGUCUGAGCAGACCGACUCUAGCGACCUUGAUUCAAAGCUGUGGCCUCGUGCAGCGGCUGCCGCAGAAGUGCUUUGGGCGGGCGUGAGAGAAGAAUCCAUGCUUGAGGACGCCACCAGAAGACUUGGAGAAUGGAGAGAAAGAGGGGUCAUAGAUCUGGGGCUCGCGAUGUCUCCAGUGACCAUGACAUGGUGUUUGAUGGAAGGUGGAUGCAACCUGUAG